AUGGAAGUGAAUGGCCAUAUUGAGUCAGAAUUCUCAAUUGCAACUGGGGAGUGGUCUGCUCCUCAUUUCGUGGAGGAUCCUUUGCUCCGCAUUCAUGGCCUGUCUCCUGGACUGAACUAUGGCAUGUCCUUUCUCCAAGAGUCCUAUGACCAUUUUUCUGCUUUCUAA